AGGUCGUCGACGACGCUGAUUGCUGACUGAUCCGGGGAGGGGCCGAUAAUUGGGACGGAGACCGGCAGAACUAUGGUCCGGCAUACUUUGGGCCAGAUCGACUUAACGGAGCUUCGAGAGCUGCAUCCAUAUUCUCCCCGUCCAACGUUGUUGUAAUGAUUGUCAUCUUCAACGACUCAUUCAUUUCGGGUUUCCAGUAAAAUCCCUGUCUUUUCUAUUUGAUCUGCGAACCUGCUGGUCUGAGUUUGCCCUGUAUCGUCCCCAAUGUCUCUUAACCAGGUCUGGGAGGCAGCUUCCGCAAGCCCUUUUACUCCUCUUAUCUCAAAGAACAGCCAGUUCUCCACCGGAUUCGCCCUGUUGCUUCUCGGCUUCAUUUUCACUGGACUUUUCGGUUUGAAUCGUUCCUUGUUGAGCAUUGCAUCCUUCGGGGUUCCAGCCUCUUUGGCUUUUGGUUUCGGGGCCGUGUUUAUGAUCUGUGCCGUUGGAGUAUACUUUCUCAUUGAAGCCUGUCACAAUUUAAUUCCCGGCGUUUAUUGUUCUAUACUUCUUUAUAUCUAUUUGCACUCUGCAGGCCCUAUCUUCACUGCUGUCUCUAGCAAUGCGCAUCAACUAUAUGCCCUACUUCAUUGCAUCGGGUUUGCGCAAAAUGCCAUGGUGCAAAUCACACCAGACGGAAUCCGGUUUUCCGUGGAAGAAGGGCGAGUAAUUCAAGGCCUUGCGUUUCUUGAUAAAGCUCUCUUCACUACUUAUACCUUCAACCUACCGGCAAUCAAUAACGAAAACGAAAAUCCAGUGGUGGACAGUUCCGCGUCUGAGAACUUAGACUAUCCUCACUUUGUUGUCUCGUUAUCAGCCCUACUCGAAACAUUGAAAAUCUUCGGCAUAGGCGAUUCCACUGCCACAAAUUCCAUGAGGGCCGCUAGUGUUCAACCGUCAAAUGUUUCUGCAACGAGUGCAUUCACAGCCCCUUCGUUACUUCUUAAUCGCUCUUGCACAUUUCAAUAUUUGAGUCAUGGCUCUCCUCUCAGCAUUACCUUGGCCGAAACCGGCGUGAAAACUAUUUGUGAACUCACAACUUACGAAUGUGAUGAGGGUGAUCUAGAUAUCCCCUUUCAGCGAGACGGCAUUAUCAUGAAGAUCAUCAUGAGAUCUGCCUGGUUACACAAUGCAAUCACCGAACUCGGCGCCACAAACCCUCAGGUCUUGAAAAUAUCCGCAUCUGCAAAGCAGGAACCUUUCUUCACGCUUUCUGGCUCUGGAGGUCCGUUCAGUGAGUCUUUGGUGGAAUUCUCAAUUGAGCAAGAUAACCAAAGCAGCGGAAAUCCAUCCGACUUGCAUCGCAAAGUCUUGACCGAUGACGGGACAUCCCGUUCACGCGCGACAAGGGCCAAGCUUGCCCCGACCGUCACAGAGACUUUCCUUGUGAGCCCACCAUCCUCCAUGGGCACUCGCAUCAAACAAGAUUAUCGGUUUUCCUUCAUUCAGAAAGCUUCCCAUGCCAUGGCCGCAGCCAACAAAGUAAGCAUUCGGGGCGAUAGGCAAGGGGUUCUAAGUCUCCAAUUUAUGAUUGAAUUCGAUGGCACGGGAGCCAUCACUACCAACACCGGCUCACGGUCAAUUAAAGAGGCACCAGCAUCUACUGUGAGCUUUGUGGAUUUCCGCUUUGUGCCGAUGCUCGACGAGGAUGAGCUUAGGGAUGAAGUGACUCAUGAUGCUUUCGAGUAG